CUGACAGAAGACAACCCGCUUUCAAGAUUUUCAGUAUUCGGACUUGUCGGCUCGACAUAGGUGGUCUGGAGAACCGCCAAUCAUCAUUGUACUCGUCUUGGAGACAUGGUUGCGUUUAUUUACUCAUUCCCUCAUAUCGUCAAGGUGUCUCCAGAAGAGAAGUCUUCUGGCUCCCUGAGCUGGAAGAAUCUCGAGCUCGCCACUAGAGCUUUGCACCACGACGGUCUCGUCGUCCUUGAAAACGCCAUCUCACACGCCAAACUCGAUUUCUUGAACCAGAAAAUGGUGCAAGAUGCCCUGAAACUGCAGUCUGCAGGUGAAAAUAGUCCUUAUAACUAUAACAAAGGAAACAUCCAACAAGACCCUCCUAUGAUCCUUGAAUUCUUCGAUAAAGAGAUCUUCCUCAAUCCCUUGGCGACACAGGUCACAUCCUCGGUUCUGGGCCCGAGACCAAGACUCUCGUUCAUGUCUGGCAAUAGCGCGUUGCCACCCACGCUUGACAGUCCGCCGCAAGCACAGCCUACGCAUAGUGAUGCCGAUUUCGUGCAUCCCUCUUCGCCUUUUGCUCUCGUUGUCAAUGUGCCGUUGAUUGAUAUGACACCUGAGAAUGGGAGUACUGAGGUCUGGCUUGGGACGCAUGUCGUUGGGAAGGAGGCGCAGGAGGGCGAGCAUGGUGAGAGGGCGAGUGGGAGGAUUAAGAGCGAGUUCUUGGAGAAGAGGAGAGAGGAACGACCGCCGAGUCAGCCGGUGGUGAAGAAGGGUAGUAUUGUGGUGAGGGACCUGAGGUUGUGGCAUGGUGGGAUGCCGAAUUAUACGGGAGAUGUGAGGGUCAUGCUUGCGAUGAUCCAUUUCGCUCCGUGGUAUAGGAAUGCGAUGCAAAUUAAUUUUGCCGAGGAACUAGGUCCUGGGCUAGAGAGCUUUGGUAGGGAUUUGCAGGUCCAGGGGAAGCUCAUGCCUGAGAAGGAUAUUUUGGAUAAGUACCUGAAGGGUGCAUAUGGCAACGCGUAUGAUUUCAAUCAGCAGGAACGUCUUGAUGUAGUCUUUUGA